AUGUUUUUUGAGCUUCUGAAGCGUCUUUUGAAAUUGCGUAUUUGUGUUGUCCAUCUAGUGAACUGUGGUAUUGAAGAUGUCAAAGAAGACUUCGGAGCAACUGCUGGUAGGCAUGAAAGAGGUGAAAUUGGCGAGCAGGCAGCAGCUUAUACUGGUAUGGGUAAACCGGGACAAAGUUACGGUGAUAUGAUUGGGUUUGGUUACGGAAGACACGGUGGUGGCAUUUUUGGAUAA